AGAUCAUCAAUCAAAGACAAGAAAAUGCCAGAAUUUGCAGAACACCGUAACUGUAACCAUUUCUUGACAGUACAGUCCUUGAUUUUGUUCUUCUUGAUUACAAUGUUCAUGAAUGGAGGUGAAGGAAUGGGAGUAAACUGGGGAACAAUGGCGACCCGUCCCCUGCCUCCAAAAAAACUAGCAAAGCUGUUGAAGAACAAUGGGUUUAAGAAAGUGAAACUGUUUGAAGCCGACGAAACCAUUUUGGAGGCAUUAACUGGUACAGAUAUUGAAGUAAUGGUCGCCAUUCCCAAUUACAUGCUUCACAAAGUCAGCUCUGAUCCUCAAUUCGCCGCCGCUUGGGUUGAAGCCAAUGUCACCACUUAUUGCUAUUCCGGCGGCGUCAAUAUCAAGCAUGUUGCUGUAGGAAACGAACCAUUUCUGAAAACCUACAAUGGAACCUACCAACAUCUAACGCUUCCAGCACUAAGGAACAUUCAGGAAGCUCUAAACCAAGCUGGGUUAUCUUCAAAAGUUAAGGCAACCGUCCCAUUCAACGCCGACAUCUAUUUCUCGCCGGAAUCCAACCAAGUACCAUCAGCCGGCGAUUUCCGGCCGGAGAUAAAAGACAUCACUAUAGAAAUCAUACAAUACCUAUAUUCAAACAAAGCCCCAUUCACAGUAAACAUAUACCCAUUUCUCAGUUUAUACGGAAAUUCAUACUUCCCUUUCGAUUACGCAUUCUUCGACGGCUCAAACAAACCAGUUAAAGACGGCGACAAGAUCUACACAAACGUAUUCGAUGCAAAUUUCGAUACCUUAGUUUGGUCAUUAACGAAAGCAGGGUAUCCCGAUAUGAAAAUCAUUGUUGGAGAAGUUGGAUGGCCUACAGAUGGAGAUGAAAAUGCAAAUAUUGAGAAUGCUAAAAGGUUUAACCAAGGGUUUCUCCAUCACGCUCUUACCGGAAACGGUACUCCGGCGAGAAAAGGGGUGAUUGAUUUUUACCUAUUUAGUCUUAUAGAUGAGAAUGCUAAGAGUAUUGCUCCGGGUUGCUUUGAAAGACAUUGGGGAUUGUUUGAAUUCGAUGGAAAACCUAAAUAUGAAAUGGGUAAAGGGUUUGUUUCUGUUGAAGAUGUUGAUUAUAUGGAUAGAAGAUGGUGUGUUCUUAAUCCGGGUGUUCAUCAUUUGAAUCAGUUGUUGGAAAGCGUUGAUUAUGCUUGUAGUAUGUCUGAUUGUACAGCUUUAGGAUAUGGAUCUUCUUGUAAUCAUCUAUCUUUGAGAGGGAAUGCUUCGUAUGCUUUUAAUAUGUAUUAUCAGAUGAAAGAUCAGAAUGAUUGGGACUGUGAUUUUUCUGGGUUGGCUACGGUGACGGAGCAUGAUCCUUCUGUUAAUGCUUGCCGGUUUCCGGUCAUGAUUGCCCGUGGCUCGCCGCCGGAGAAGAAGACCUUUUUUGGUAUUCUAUUUGUCAUUCUUGGGACCUCUUUUUUAGUCUUUUAUAAGGAGGAAUUUAUCUAG